GGAAAGCAGAAGCACCCACAGGAAGUUGGCAACAAAGUGCUCAGGGACAAAAGAUGAAGAAAGUUCGUGAGGCUUUGCCAGCCUUUAAGGUGAAGGAUGAGCUGAGCAAGCUGUUAGCAUCAGAUCAGGUAGUGCUGGUCCACGGGGAGACGGGCAGUGGCAAGACCACCCAGAUCGGUCAAUUCCUCGUGGAAGCCGCCGGUGGUGCACGAGUGGUCGUCACCCAGCCCCGCCGCUUCGCGGCGCUCAGCGUGGCACGCCGCGUGGCGGAGGAGCGCGGCGAAGAGCUGGGGCAGAACGCCGUGGGGUACAUGGUCCGUGGUGAGACCAAGAUGCACCCUGCGCGCUGCCAACUCCUCUUCUGCACCUUGGGCGUGUUGCUGCGGCGGCUGAUCGCCCAGGGGAGUGAGGAGAUGUUCAGCUCCAAUGAUAUGACGCAUCUGGUGCUGGAUGAGGUCCAUGAACGAAGUAUGGACAUGGACUUCGUCCUCACGCUGCUGCGGCAUGCCUUGCCCUCGCGACCCAAGCUCAAGGUCUUGCUGAUGAGCGCCACCAUGGACAUCCAAAGUUUGGGCCAACUCUUCCCCAAAACCCCGCCCGUGUUGAAGAUCCCCGGGCGCACCUUCCCGGUGGAUGUGCUUCAUUUGGAGGAUGUGGAGGACCUGCUGGGCUCCACGAUGCCUUGGAGCUCAGCUGCUCCCCGCGACGGGGCGGCGACGUUGCAGCCGGCGGCCAUGAAUUAUGAGGUGUUAGCGGACUUCGUGACGAAGCUGGCGGAUGGCACCUUGCAGGGCGCGGACGCUUCGUGGCCGACGCACGGAGCGAUUCUGGUCUUCAUGCCCGGCGCGGGCGAAAUCUCCCGUCUCAUCAACGCCUUAGCCCGCCGCAGCUCCGCUUUCAAAGCGCUGCCGCUGCACGGCGCACUCUCAGGCGAACAGCAGCGCCGAUGCUUCGAAACCUUUCAGGUGCGCAAGGUCAUUGUGGCCACCAACGUGGCGGAAACCUCGGUGACGCUGCCUGACGUCACGAUCGUCAUUGACACCUGCAGGGAGCGGCGGCUCACGCGGGAACACGGCCACAGCUCCUUGGCGCCGGCCUUGUUGGAACGCUUUUGCGCUAAGGAUUCCUUGCAGCAACGCAGGGGCAGAGCUGGCCGGGUGCAGAAGGGCGUGUGCUUCCGCUUGGUGCCACGCAAAGCAUAUGACAAGCUGCCAGAGGCCACCGCUGCAGAGAUCGAAGCAUUGCCCCUGGAGACCUUGGUCCUCCAGGUCCGCGCCGCGGGCUACGCGCCGGAGGCGUUUCUGGCGAAGGCGCCGACGCCGCCGGAGGCCUGGCAGGUGCGACAAGCGGAGCUGGAGCUGCGGCAGAUUGGCGCUUUGAAGCAGGAAGAGGAGUCAGGAGCUCCCGCGGAGCUGCUGACCGCGCUGGGACGACACUUGGUGGCGCUGCCUUGUGACGUUCGCGUCGGCAGGUUGCUGGUGCUGGGCGCUUUUCUAGGUGUGGCAUCAGCAGCCUGUAGCAUUGCGGGAUGGUUAUCCGUGCGGUCACCCAUGCCCAAGGCCUGGCAGCCGGACCAAGAAACCCUCCGAGACACUCUGCGUGCCAAGGCCCUGCGAGGAGGAGGUGGCAAGUCUGAUCAUUGCUUCUGGGUGGCGAUUAUGGAUGCCUUUAUGGCUGCGAAGUCCCGGAAAGCCUUUUGCAACGACUUGGGCCUCUCCUUGGAGCGCAUGGUGGAGGCCGAGCUUUGCCGGACCCAGCUCCUACGAGGCUUGCGCUCCUUGGGCUUUCAACGAGAUGCCGAUGGCAACGCCGGAGAUUGGCACAUCGUGAGAGCUGCCGUGGUAGCGGGACUCUAUCCGCAAGUGGUCAGCGUGGAGCGCCCCACACCCAAGUUCGCGGAAAGCCUGGCGGGCGCCAUCCAAAUCGAGAGCGACGCGCGGGAAGUUCGCUACUGGCUCUCGGAAGACGGCGGGCGUGCGCGGGCCUUCCUGCAUCCAUCCUCGUUGCUCUUCAAGGAGAGCUCUUAUUCGUGCCCCUACAUCAUCUUCUCCGAAAAAACGAUUCAGCAACAGAACAACCCCGAGCACCCCACGAAGCUGGUCCUCACCGGCUGCUCGGAAGCCUCGGUCUAUGCCUUGCUUCUCUUCGGCGGCCACCUCACCGUCGAUCACCAGCAGGUGGAAGUCACCGUGGACGGUGGCCGCGGCGGGCGCUUCGCCGGUGGCAGCACCACGGUGGUGGCCAUGCUGCAGCGCUUGCGGCAGGCCAUCGACGCUCUACUGCUGCAGAAGGUCCAUUCGCCCUCCAGCUCCAUCAGCGGCGCCAAAGCAGCGCAGUGCGUGGUGACGUUGCUCAGUACCGACGGCUUAGGGCCUGAGACGGAGAAGAAAUGA